CGUCCCUCUCUCUCGCUCCAUCAGGCAUCUGCUUUACAAACCCUAAUCUUCAAUCCCUAAAAGCUUUUCUGCCGCCAACUUAAUCACGAUCGGUGUUCAUCACUACGUAGCAUCAAUCAAAGAAGUAUUAAUGAACACUUGGUCAAACCAUUGGAUCAAGGGACUUCCACAAUUUAAUAAAAUUUUGAAGAUAAAUAAAAUUAAGUGAAGAAAAUGGAAAGUCGUACAACAGAAAAGGAAAGUUUGAAGAGGCUAGCGUUCCAAGUAAGUAAACGUGUGGAGAAACCACAUGACAAAAACCAAACAUAUCAGGAGUUGAUUUUAGACUCUCUCUCUUUAUAUACAAACAUUCGAGAACGAGAGAUAAGGAUGGAGAAACAAGAGUUCUUAGAACUGUUUGAGGCAGCAACUAAAGCGGCAAAGUCUGCUGUGAUAGGAGACGGGUUCAAAUCUCAGAAAACAUAAAUUAUGCAUAUUAUGAAGAAAAAUGGUUGUAAGAGGUCUUCAGCAUGGAUUUCAUAGGGCGGCUCGGAGUGACGCAGUCAGACAUGUAUUCUCAUAUGGUGGUAGAAUCAACGGUUGUAGAAUCGUCUAUAUAACUCGGUGGUUUAGAGAUGACUAAAUAAACCAGAGACUGGAGCCGGUUAGGCAGAAAUUGGGAGCUGGUUUACAAGAACCAAUAAAAUAAAAUCGGAACGGUGUGAAAGAAACUCAAAACCAUUAGUUAGGGAUUCGCUAUCUCUCUCGGUGAUUCUUGAUUAGUCUCCCCUGUUCGCUCGCCGGAUCCUCGCCGUCCGGUGAAAGUCUCUCCCAGCUGAAGGGACAAAUCCUGUGUUGUCAUGACGAGCCUGCUAUGGUUGACAGCAGAAGAAGCUGCAAAGAACAGAGGCAAAGUCCUUUCCUUGUACCGCCAGUUACUGAGGAGCAUUAACUCACAGAAGCUGCAGCUUAGUUACGCUUCAAGACUCGCCAAGAAAGCUGAGAUUAAGACCAUCUUCUUGUUUGGCUCUGAGGAGGUUUCUAAACACAACGUCGCAGAUCUCAUCCGUACCGGUGAAUAUGCUCUUUCCCAGUUGAAACAAGGCAAAAUCCCAAACAACGCUACUCAGUAUUGAGCCAUGUAGUUGCUUCCAUUUGCAUUUCUUCAUGCAUUCACAAACGGUGUGACGCUUUUUGUUUAUUUGAAAACAUACAUUGAAUCAGCUUUACUGUACAACGUUUUGGUUCAAUACAGUUUGAAUAAACAAGUGAUUACUUGUAA